AAAAUGGUUACUUAAAAUCAAGAAAGUACUCCUAUAAAUUUAAUAUUUUUAAAAAAGUCACCAGUGUUUCAUUUAUACCUAACAACAUAAAAACUAAAAAAAUUAAAACUGGAGAUGAUGAUGAUGUCAACAGUCAAAUAAAAUCAAUAUAUGGAAUUACAAGAAAAGAGCAACCAAAUUAUGAUGAAUCCAAAGCUGUCGAAGAAAUAGCAGAAUUAACUGACAGUAAUAUUAACAAAAUAGUACUUUUGUUAACAAAGUCAAUUUAUAAAAAUGUUACCAAUGAUUAUCUCGAAAUACCAAAGCUUUUAUUUUUUGCGCAAUUACUUUUUGAAAAUAGACUAGUUAUUUCUAAUGAAAUAAAUGAUAAAACUUAUACUGCAAAUCCUAAUUUCGGUAUUGAAUUCUGGAAGAAAAAUUUAAAUAAGUCAAGUUAUCUUAAGAUGUUUGAAUUGAUUGAUGAUAAUGCUAAAUUAAAAUUGGAUUUACAAUAUCAAAACAAUAAGCAUUUUUUGAGCAUUUUUCAAGGCGAAUUUGAUAGUAGUCCUUUGAUGAAUGAAUCUUUUCUUGAUUAUAGAAAUUAUUAUGAAUCUUGUAUUAGUGAUAUGAAUAAUCAUAAUAGAUCAAGUUCCUCAACUAAUUCACAAAGUUCAAAUAGUAUGCAAUUAGAUAGUGAUGAUGAACAUAUUCUAUUGGAUCCAGAAUUUCAAAUAGAAAUGGAAGAGAUUCAGAAUGAAACAGAACGUCAUCAUAAAGAAAAUUUAAAGAAACAAGAAUAUAUCCCUUAUACAACAAAUGAUGAAAUUAGUUAUAUUAUAAACGAAGUCAAUGUAUCUGACAAUAUGACAGCUUUUAUCAAAAAAUGUAAAGUGGCAAUAAGUAAAUUAGAAGAAGAUAUUUUUUAUAAUAGAAUCAAUAAUAAUCAGUUUUCAGAUAAAAUUGAAGACAUUCAGACCUUUGUUAAAGAAUUUAAUAUAAUGUUUUAUAAAAAUUGGAUAUCUGAACUAAAGAAAUUGAAACUAUAUAAUAAUAUACUUAACGAUAUGCUUGAAAUAUUUAAAAAUCUACAAAGUAAUUUGAUGAAUCUAGACAAAGCAAAUAAAAAAUUGAUUGAAUCUGUUAAAAGUAAAAUUGAAAAUGAUUAUAUAAAAAUUGUUGAGGACUUCAAUACGAUACAGGAGAAAAUGAAGAAUUAG